AUGCAGUUGACCCCGAUCAAAGUCCGAGGCAAGCGUGGCAAACCCGCUUCCUCCAAACCACAGACCAAGGAAUCAUCAUCAUCACUGGCGAAGAAGCGGGCGUCACGCCUUGCAAGUCGUCCAGUCGCCAAACGCUUCUCGCUCUUUGAGCAGAACUUUCCCCUUGAGAUCGCCGAGCAUAUAUUCAUCCUCAGUGAGAAUCUCAAUCUUCCCCGUUGCAGCCCGCGCAUCGGCGCUCUGCUGUCUGGGCGAUCUACUCUUGUCAACAUCAUCAUCGCCGCCUUCCAUCCGACCUGGGACUGCUGGUUUGGUGUCGAUAAGCGAGUGAUCAAGACGGCUUUGAAACAAGGCGCCGCAGACGACGGGCGAGGACUAUGGCGUUAUGAGAGCUUCCCUGAGUUAUUCCCAGGUGAUUCUGAAUUUCAGUCUUCGCUACUGAGCAGUCCAUGGAUCAACGUAGACGUCAUCUUUGAGGCCCGACAGGUCUGGGCUUGGCGCUUCGCUCGUAACAGGUGGUACUCACACUCCCACGUGAGCCUCAAGAAUGAAGAAGAUACAGAGCAGGAUAACCCUCUCGAAUCACCACAUGAUCGAGUAGGCGGCUUCGGUCACUUUGACUCCCGCGGGUGUUUCGAAUACGACUGGCUCUCCUACGGCCUCAACGGCUCCAAACCGGCACUCGACUUUUACGUUGACGUACACCCAAAGACGACGAUCCCAGACGAUAUCCUCACCGGCCCGUGGACGCUCGAGCAGCAGAGGCUUCUUUUCUGGCUCCGGAGAGGCGGCGCCAAGAUUCAGCCAGAGACUCAGACUUGGGAAACUCUUCGCGUCGGCCUCCAAAAUGCCGUCACGCAUCGCAGUUCAGGCAACCUAGACGGCCGCUUGAUCGAGAUGCUCCUCCUGGUGGAAGAUUACUUCCCCUCGCACGCAGUGGAAGACAACGCGUCGCUGUGGCCGCUCGAAAUUCUGGAGGAAGAGCACGAUAAAGUUGGUCGGCUGCUAGCCGCGAGGGCCCGCAGUACCGCGGGGCCUCUGUUUGAGCUCGUUGAACUUGAGAAACGGAUGAUUGAGUACCAUCGCCGCGUGGUCGAUCUGCUUACAUCAAGACUUAGCCGCCACGAUCGAUUGGCGCCGUCUUCGAUCAUGGCUGCUGGUCUUCUACCUCAGCCGCGGAAUCGUUGA